GCUGAACGUUCCGGGUUCUCUUCGUUCCACGUCUACGUGUGCGCAGCAUUUUUGCUACACUUUUCCAGUGAGCUACAAAGGGAACAGGAUUUUCAAGGCCUAAUGGUUCUGCUCCAACAUUUGCCUACCUAUCACUGGACAGAUGAAGACAUCAAUCUGAUCCUCGCAGAAGCCUACCGAUUACAGACUUUGUUUGCUUCGGCCCCGCAUCAUUUGGAUUAUCGUCCUCAGUCAUACGCUGACUGA